AUGAGAGUAAUUGGCUCGCAAUUAAUCUUUGCAGUCUUGGCGAACAGUCCCAGUAUGCUUUCAGACGAAAAAAUCGGCAAACAUAAUUGCUAUGAAGGAUUCGUGCACGUACACGCGCCCGAGAAAAACAUUGGCGAGGGCAAGGAACUCGUCGAGUUCUGCGCGGAAACUUGCACAAUCGCUUCCGAAGGUGGCAAAAACCCGAGGGCUUAUGUCAAAAUGAAUCCAGCGAGCAAGUGCUUUGUCAAUUGCGUCUGUAUGGAAGAAAAUCAUAAAGCAAAGAGACUCGACAGACAGAGAAACGUAAGAGAACUUCGAAUCAUCACGGCCGAAGCUGACGAAGCGGGGCCAGUCUUUGGCCUGUCCAGGGCGCCAGUCUCGAUCCCAGAGGACCAGAACUCGGUGCAGACAACUUCCUCCGGCACAGUUGCUGAUCAGCAAGGCCCGUCAGAAGCAGACUCGGCGAUUCAGUUGACUUUGACGCCACUUGGUGCUCCUCAUCCGAAUCAACAAAAUCCUCCUCAUCCUCAGAUGGCGGUAAACUCUCUCUACGACCAGCACUACAUCGGUGCUCCCUUGGUGCAUUACCCAGCCACUGACUACACCUCGACCUCCGCCUUGUCCCAAUUGCCCACUCCGAGCGUCAGCAAACCUGCCAGCUAUUCCGACAUCUCCUCUGUCGACGUCUCCCUCUACCAAACUUCCUACCAGCCGUUUUUGCCUUCACAGCCCUCCCUCGACCUCGCUCAAAGUUAUAACCAGAGCUACUCGCAUUACUACUCCAACGGGCCUUACUCGACCCCGUCGAACGGAAACUCCCAUCUCAACGCCGCGCUGAGUCCGACUGGCCCCGUGACUUUUGGUGGCCAAGACAGCAUCGGACUCAAAUCUGAUCAAUCGUCGCCGACUGGUCUUCAAGGAAAAGAUGAUGGGCCGACCUACGAAUGGAUGAAAAUCAAGCGAAACCCUCCGAAAACAACUCCUCCGAAGAUCCCUGAAUACGGCGCCUUUCAACCCCAGGCUGGAGGAAACGGGAGCGGUCGAACGACAUUUUCAACACGACAACUGACGGAAUUAGAAAAAGAGUUCCACUACAACAAAUACCUGACGAGAGCUAGAAGAGUGGAAAUCGCCUCCAAUCUUGCUCUGAACGAAACUCAAGUGAAGAUCUGGUUCCAAAAUAGACGAAUGAAGCAGAAGAAACGAGAUAAAGAAGCGGAGAAGAGAGACCAGCGGCCAGAGAUCGAGACCAAAUUGGAGCCAACCCAGUCACCCUGA